AUUGAGCGGAAACCGUGGCGGUAACGGCACCGUGGCAGUGAGUCGGUUCAUCCGACCGCUAUAAACAGAGCUCCUCUCCCCCUUCGUUUUCGUGUGAUUCCAACCCAAUCCAUCUCCUAAGAAAGCUUCAGCGUUUCCGCCUCGUAAGAUGCAGAUCUUUGUGAAGACCCUCACCGGGAAGACCAUAACCUUGGAGGUCGAAAGCUCUGACACCAUCGACAAUGUUAAGGCCAAGAUCCAGGACAAGGAAGGCAUCCCCCCGGACCAGCAAAGGCUCAUCUUUGCAGGCAAGCAGCUCGAGGACGGCCGCACGCUCGCCGACUACAACAUUCAGAAGGAGUCCACCCUCCACCUCGUCCUCCGGCUCCGCGGUGGCAUGCAGAUCUUCGUGAAGACUCUCACUGGGAAGACCAUUACCUUGGAGGUUGAGAGCUCGGACACAAUCGACAACGUCAAGGCCAAGAUCCAGGACAAGGAGGGCAUCCCGCCGGACCAGCAAAGGCUCAUCUUUGCAGGCAAACAGCUCGAAGACGGCCGCACUCUUGCCGAUUACAACAUCCAGAAGGAGUCCACGCUCCAUCUGGUGCUGAGGCUCAGGGGAGGGAUGCAGAUCUUUGUCAAAACUCUCACUGGGAAGACCAUAACAUUGGAGGUGGAGAGUUCAGACACCAUCGACAACGUCAAGGCCAAGAUUCAGGACAAGGAGGGCAUCCCGCCGGACCAGCAGAGGCUCAUCUUCGCCGGGAAGCAGCUCGAGGACGGCCGCACUCUUGCUGAUUACAACAUCCAGAAGGAGUCGACGCUCCAUCUGGUGCUGCGACUCAGGGGAGGGAUGCAGAUAUUUGUCAAAACUCUCACCGGGAAGACGAUCACACUGGAGGUGGAGAGCUCGGACACCAUCGACAACGUCAAGGCUAAGAUCCAGGACAAGGAGGGCAUCCCGCCGGACCAGCAGAGGCUCAUCUUCGCCGGGAAGCAGCUCGAGGAUGGCCGCACUCUUGCUGAUUACAACAUCCAAAAGGAGUCGACGCUCCAUCUGGUGCUGCGACUCAGGGGAGGGAUGCAGAUAUUUGUGAAAACUCUCACCGGGAAGACGAUCACACUGGAGGUGGAGAGCUCGGACACCAUCGACAACGUCAAGGCUAAGAUCCAGGACAAGGAGGGCAUCCCGCCGGAUCAGCAGAGGCUCAUCUUCGCCGGGAAGCAGCUGGAGGACGGCCGCACUCUUGCUGAUUACAACAUCCAGAAGGAGUCGACGCUCCAUCUGGUGCUGCGACUCAGGGGAGGGAUGCAGAUAUUUGUCAAAACUCUCACCGGGAAAACGAUCACACUGGAGGUGGAGAGCUCGGACACCAUCGACAACGUCAAGGCUAAGAUCCAGGACAAGGAGGGCAUCCCGCCGGAUCAGCAGAGGCUCAUCUUCGCCGGGAAGCAGCUCGAGGACGGGCGCACCCUGGCGGACUACAACAUACAGAAGGAACCACCCUCCACCUGGUGCUCCGCCUCCGCGGCGGCCAGUGAACUCACCACCUUCCCUGCUACCAUGGUUGUCGUCUUUAGUCGAGUCGAGUCGUGUCUGUGUUGCCGAAUGGUGGCGUGAGUCUCCAUGUGGUCGUGUUUGGGUGUGAUGCGAAGAGGCCUACGUGAUGGUUAAGUCAAUAUAUUUAUAGUUGGUAAUAAGCUUUAACGACUGUGUUUUAUUAUUCUCUUAUAUCAAAGUCCAUACAUAAAUCA